AUGAAGAAGAUACUAAGACACAAAAGAAAAAUAUAACCAUUUCAAAAUUGUUUGUUUAUUAUUCAUCUUCCCAUCAUUGGACAAUAGACAGCGGCAUGAUCGAAGAUAUGAAGUACGAUUAUCCAACAUCAGACUUUAAAUGAAACUCAUCAUAAUCCGGACUAAAUACAGUUUAAACAGCAAAUUGGGAUUCAUUUGUAUAAAUGUCACCAGUAUUCUCAUCAUCCUAAAAGAAGACUUGUUUCAACACGAACAGGAAUAACUCCAGGUGUUUCAACUGAGAUCUGCGGGAUAAAACAUUGUAAAAUGAUGUUUAUUAAAGAAGAGAUUGAGGACAUGAGUUAUCCAGAAUCAUGCAGUUCAAAUGUCAUGAAAAAUGAAGAUACUGAGGAACAAACAGACCUGAUGAAAUUGAAAGUGGAAAGUCAACAACCGAAUCAAGUGGAGGAGAAACACCAUCUGUUUCCGAGAGUUGAUGAUUUUGUAACUGGACAAAAUUCACAAAAAAGAACUCAAAGACUGAGAGUAAAAAAAUCUUUCACCUGCCCUUUGUGUGGAAACAGUUUUUCAGAGAGAUGUCACCUUAAGAGACACAUGAAAAUCCACACUGGAGAGAAGCCUUUCACCUGCCCACUUUGUAUGAAGAGUUUCAGAGAUAGAAGUAAUCUGCAGAGUCACAUGAGAAUCCACACUGGAGAGAAACCUUACACAUGCACUCAUUGUAUGAAGAGUUUUAGAGACAACAGUCACCUUCAGAGACACAUAAGAAUGCACACUGGAGAAAAACCUUACACCUGCCAUCUGUGUGUGAAGAGUUUUACACGUAAAGGAAGUCUUAAGAUGCACAUUCGAAUUCACAAAGGUGAGAGGCCUUUCACCUGCCAUCAGUGUGGGAUUACUUUCACACAGAAAGUAAAUCUUAAUAUGCAUAUUCAAAUUCACGAAGGUAAAAGGCCUUUUACCUGCCAUCAGUGUGGGAAUACUUUCACACGUAAAGGGAGUCUUACUAAGCACAUGAGAAUUCACACUGGUGAGAAGCCUUAUACAUGCCCACACUGUGAGAAGAGUUUCAGACAGGCAUGCAAUCUCAAAAGUCAUCUGUCUGUGCAUUCUGGAGAAAAGUCAUAUAGCUGUGAUCAGUGCGGAAUUUUUUUUUCUUCUGCAUCAGUCUUAAGAACACACCGGAAAAUUCAUCCAAUUGAGAAGCCAUACUUGUGUUCAUUUUGUGGAAAGAGUUUUUCACAGCUGCGUACUUUAAAAGAGCACCAGAACAUACAUACUGGUGUGAGAGAUCACGUGUGCUCUGAGUGCGGGAAGGCCUUUCUCAGAGUUCACGACUUGGAACGUCACAAAAGAAUCCAUACUGGGGAAAAACCUUACAAGUGUUCACAUUGUGGAAAGAAUUUCAGUCAAUCAAGAACCCUAAAAGCACAUGAGAGAGUGCAUACUGGAGAGAAGCCGUACCACUGCACUUCAUGUGGGAAGAGUUUCACCCAAGCAAGUACUCUUCUGACUCAUAAUAAAAAAAAACAUUGUCCAGAGUUUUCGCAAUGAGCAGUGUUCAUCUUUUUAAAUGUAAAUGGUGUGACAUUUCGAAAAACCAGAAGAUGGAAUUUCUCUCAAAAGAAUACAAUUACAAAUAAAGUUGCAAGCCGCAAUUAAAUAGUGGCAAACAAUUUGAUUGAAUAUAGAAUUCUGAUGAUGAUAUUAAGUAGAGUGGUGGAAAAAGACAUGUUUAAUUGCAAGUAGUGUAACAAAUCUGCUUCUAAGAUUCAACCAAUAGGUUAAGCUGUCACCAAAUAUAUAUGGUAUUGUCAGAGCUUGGUCACAAUGCCAAGUUUCAUGUCAGUACGCCAAAGCGUCCAUGAGAUACUGUUGAAGUCAAAAGUUUACAUACAUCUUAGCCAAAUACAUUUAAAUACAUUUACGUUUUUCACAAUUCCUGACAUUUUAUCAUAGAAAACAUUCCCAGUCUUAGGUCAGUUAGGAUCACUACUUUAUUUUAAGAAUGUGAAAUGUCAGAAUAAUAGUAGAAAGAAUUAUUUAUUUCAGCUUUUAUUUCUUUCAUCACACUUCCAGUGGGUCAGAAGUUUACAUACACUUAGUUAGUAUUUGGUAGCAUUGCCUUUAAAUUGUUUAACUUGGGUCAAACAUUUUGGGUAGCCUUCCACAAGCUUCUCACAAUAAGUUGCUGGAAUUUUAGCCCAUUUCUCCAGACAGAACUGGUGUAACGGAGUAAGGUUUGUAGGGCUCCUUGCUCGCGCACGCUUUUUCAGUUCUGUCCACAAAUUUUCUAUCGGAUUGAGGUCAAGGCUUUGUGAUGGCCACUCCAAUACCUUGACUUUGUUGUCCUUGAGCCAUUUUGCCACAACUUUGGAGAUAUGUUUGUGGUCAUUGUCCAUUUGGAAGAUCCAUUUGUGACCAAGCUUCAACUUCCUGACUGAUAUCUUGAGAUUUUGCUUCAAUAUAUCCACAUAAUUUUCCUUCCACAUGACGCCAUCUAUUUUGUGAAGUGCACCAGUCCCUCCUGUAGCAAAGCACCCCCACAAUACGAUGCUGCCACCCCCAUGCUUCACGGUUGGGAUGGUGUUCUUUGGCUUGCAAGCCUCACCCAUUUUCUUUCAAACAUAACGAUGGUCAUUAUGGCCAAACAGUUAAAUUUUUGUAUCAUCGGACCAGAGGACAUUUCUCCAAAAAAGUAAGAUCUUAUGUGCACUUGCAAACUGUAGUCUGGCUUUUUUAUGACGGUUUUAGAGCAAUGGCUUCUUCCAUGCUGAACAGCCUUUCAGAUUAUGUUGAUAUAGGACUCGUUUUUUACUGUGGAUAUAGAUUCCUGUUUCCUCCAGCAUCUUCACAAGGUCCUUUGCUGUUGUUCUGGGAUUGAUUUGCACAGAAUGUGUCUCCUUCCUGAGCGGUAUGAUGGCUGCGUGGUCCCAUGGUGUUUAUACUUGUGUACUAUUGUUUGUAUGGAUGAACGUGGUAGCUUCAAGCUUUUGGAAAUUGCUCCCAAGGAUGAACCAGACUUGUGGAGGUUCACAAUGUUUUUUUUCUGAGGUCUUGGCUGAUUUCUUUGGAUUUUUUCAUGAUGUCAAGCAAAGAGGCACUGAGUUUGAAGGUAGGCCUUAAAAUACAUCCACAGGCACACCUCCAAUUGACUCCAAUUAACCUAUCAAAAGCUAAUUGGCUAAUUGCCUAAAGGCUUGAAAUCAUUUUGGGGAAUUUUCCAAGCUGCUUAAAGGCACAGUUAUCUUAGUGUAUGUAAACUGUUAACCCACUGGAAUUGUGAUAUAGCCAAUUAAAAGUGAAACAAUCAAAACAAUUGUUGGAAAAAUGACUUGUGUCAUGCACAUAGUAGAUAGUUACAAACUAUAGUUUGCUAAUAUGAAAUCUGUGGAGUGGUUAAAAAUUUAGUUUUAAUGACUUCAAACUAAGUGUAUGUAAAUUUCUGAUUUCAGCUGUACAGCCUAAGAUCCUUAUUGGCACCUUGCCAUGAAAUUCAUUGGUGUGUUAUCUUGAUCUAUCAAAAAGCUUUUCAUAACUUUUUGUCAUAAGUGUACCUAGGUGAUACAUGCCAGAAAUCAGGCAAAUCAGAUAUACGGCCUUGGAGUUAAAAAAAGUAGGUUUUCAAUUACAUUCAAAAUGUGAACAGGAAGUAUGUCUGACUAUGGCAAAUCUGGUAUCAUACUCGGCAUGACCUAAGGAAGGUAAUGACAAGUCUCAUGACAAUAGGCUAAAUUAAUCAAAAGUUAUAACCUUUUCAUUAUAUCUUUUGACCACUUUUGAGUGUCUUCAGAGUAUGGUCCCGAUGGCAUGUACCAAAUUUUGUAUCGAUAUGCUAAUGCGUUUGUAAAAUACAUCAUUUUAUGACAAAAUUCAUAAUGGUAGACGCCCAGUAUGGCCAACAUUUAAAGAGCCCAGUCGCAUGAUUUAAGGCCAAACUAUUCAGAGGUUAUAGCCAAAAAUUGCUUUUUCAUAUUUCUUGACAAGUAGGUGGCACUGUGCCGAAACUAUGCAAGUACCCUCAGGACGUGAUGGCUAUGACAUAUGCCAAAUUUCGUGUCAAUUCGCUAAAGCAUUGCGAAGAUACAGCCCCAUGUCUAUUUUGGUGUAUUCGCCAUCAAAUUCGUUGCUGCGGUACACGAAAAUGGUUUGGACUAUCAUCAUGAAUUCCAUAACAUUCAGAAUGGUGGAAAAUCUAGUCAGGACUUGACUCGGCAUGAGCCAAGGAAUCAGAGGAAAUAAUUUUGUUACUAGCCCUAACAGUUCAAAAGUUAUGAACAUAAAAUACUGUAAAUGCAAAUUUGAACAGAUGGUGGCGCUACAGGGUUUGAGAUAGAGACAGCAAAUUUGGGUCAAUCGUAGUUCAGUGUGUCCAAAUUUCACAACUUUCCUCCUAAGGGUUCUAUGGGCUGCCAUAGACUUCGAGAGUGGACAAAUAAUAAUAAGAUGAUGAAGAAAACUAAUGGAUACAAUAGGUGCCUAUGCACCACUGGUGCUUAUGUCAUUAAUUGUCAGUGCUAGAGUAUAUUGUGCUGAAUUUUCAUGAAAACUCUCGAGAAUUGUAUAUUUUAUGUAAUAUGUUGUUACGUCUGGGGACGUUUAAUUUUAAUCAUUUAUUUGCUGUUCAUUUAUCUAUUUACAGCAAAGAUGAUGUAUGUUCAUGAUGGGCUGUGGGUUUGUGGGACCAUGAAUAUGUAAAAAUUGUUAUAAUAUGAAAACAUCCAUUGAAUGAUUGUAAAAAUGUUGAGUGUCUCUUAUUAAAAGAAAGCAUGGUGUGUAUAAAUUUAUAUAGUGCAACAGAUUCAAUGUAAACAAAGAACAGUUGGGGCAAACGAACAGUAGUGAAUACAAGUUGAAACUGAUUUUGUGCAAACAAAGUGUACAGUCAGUGAAAGUCCACCAAUGUCUAAAAGAUAAUAAACAAUUUUUA